AGCUUCACCGUAGGCAAAAUUAUUAUGGUUGCACGAUUUACAACUACAGUGCCGUUAUAAUAAAACACACGCUGAAACGUACAGUCAUACCGGAGUACAAGUACAAACACCGUAUACAAUCACAUCCAGUGAUACUAUACCAGGGCCGCAAUUCGUAUAUAACCCAAAAAAAAACUUGGACCGCAAUUCGUACAUACCCCAAAAUAACUUGGGCAGCAAUUGGGAAGAAAUUUUUGCCUCGGGACGCAACUAACUAGUAGCCACCCUCUGAAAUUAUACGUCGGAUGUUGUCGGCGCGGAACCCGUAUGGUCUGCCUCAUCAAAAAUAAUUUCGGUGAACACUGAUAAAACAUUAGUAAUACACCAUACAUAAGUUAUGAAUUGACAAUACGUACAUAUUUUACACAUGACUGUUAAAAGUUUUUGAAAACCAGUCGAUUACUGAAUGCAAUCUACUUGAUAAUCUGAGUAAAGUUAUUUUACGAAGUUUUUCAUACACUUCUAUCGUUGAACAAUGAAAAAUAUUGAUUUUUAUAACUUAUUGCGCAAUGGUGCCCAGACAUAUAAAAGAGGAGGCACAUUACUACUUGGAGAAGGUCAAAAGUGAAUCUAAUGGAAUGUCAUCUAAUGAAUUUUUGGAUAAUUUGAUGUAUUUAAAUCAAUCAUCCAUCAAACAGAAUAAGGAAGUAUUUUCGUAUCUCAUGGACAAGUUGCUAGACGAGCGAACAUAUUACAUAGGAUAUUCUCGUUAUAUCCUUAUGAAAUAUGCUAAUAUUUAUGGUGGUAUCAUUGAAUAUGGACUCAUUCCCAAUCCCAAGGACUUAAGUAAAGCAUUGAAUUUCGUCCUGGUCUGCUUGAGUAGUAGACCACAAUCAAAAUUGUUCGAUUUCGGAAUAAGAUCACUGAACCGGUUCCACAAUAGCUUGAAAAAUCGCGGAGAAUUUUUCAAAAAUGUAGCAGCCAUUGCGCAUUUCGAAAAAUUCCCCUCGAAUUUAAUAGCGUCUAUUGUGGAAUACCGGGAAUGUACGACGGAACGCGUGAAAGAAGAAGUUACCAAUAGCCAACAGUCACCCGUGAUCUGCACCCCGACGACAACGUUGGACCCAGACACGAGGUCGGUCGAUCAAGUAAAAUGUGAUUUUGAAAAGCUCGACCGGACUGCAAACGGAAAAAAUAGGAUUAGGUCAAUCAUUAACAAUUUGUAUGUGAACAAAAUACGCGAAAAGAGUGACGAGAUAAAAGCCAUAAUGGGGGAAGAACUCGUUCAGUGGUUCGCGGCUUAUUUGGUCGAAUACCGUAUACAAUUUGAAUUUAAUUUACAUUCAUUGUAUUUGGACCUGCUGGACCAAAUUGGCAACGAGCAACUGAACGUCCUUAUCAUGGAAACAACGACGAAGAACAUCAGAUCGCUAUUGGAUAACAACACUCAUAAUAAUAAAGCUUUGCUCAAAAACCUUGGCCAUUGGUUGGGUCUUAUAACGUUGGCAAAAAAUAAGCCUUUACCAUUUGACAAAGGCUAUCUAAAAUCAAUAAUCUUGAAAGCGUCAGGAGUAGAAGAACUGAUGUAUACUGUUCCAUUUGUCGCAAAAGUACUUGUGUCCUGUGCCAAAAGCCAAACUUUUGCACCGAAAAGUCCGUGGACGUUGAGUAUUUUGAAAACCCUUGCGGAUGUUCAUAAACUACCGAACAUAAAGUUAAAUUUGAUGUUUGAAGUAGAAGUACUUUGUAAAUCAUUGAACAUUCAUCUUGAAAGACUUCAAAAUUGAAUAUGAUUUUUCAACGUUUCACGUGUGUUAACGGCAUUUUUAAGUCCGUAUAAAUCUAUUAUUAAAAUAUAAUGUUAAUU